CUCCACGGGCAGGAGCCCGCCGGGAACCCGCUGAGCGCGGAGCCGAGCCAGCCGCCGGCCAGCGUGGACCUGGACUUCCUGGAGGAUGACAUCCUGGGCUCGCCCUCGGGCGCCGGCGCCGGCGCCGAGCAGCCGUGCGACAUCCUCCAGCAGAGCCUGCAGGAGGCCAACAUCACCGAGCAGACCCUGGAGGCCGAGGCCGAGCUGGACCUGGGCUCCUUCCAGCUGCCGGCGCUGCAGCCCGUGGUGCAGGCGGCCGACGGCACCCCCCAGAUCUUCUCCGGCGGCGCCGACCUGCUGGGCAUCCAACCGCCCGCCGUGCUGGCCCACCAGGCCCUGGUGCAGCAGCCGGUGGGCGCCGACGUGGUCAACAAGGCCAUCAGCGUCCAGCCCUUCCUGCAGCAGGUGGGGCUGGGCAACGUCACCAUCCAGCCCCUGCCCAACCUGCCCGGGCUGCCCAACGGCAGCCCCGGCGGCGCGCUGGGCAUCGGGCCCAUCCAGGUGGUGGGCCAGCAGGUGAUGGCCAUCAACCAGCCGGCGGCGCAGCAGCUGCUGGCCAAGCCGGCGCCGGUGGCGGCCGUGGGCGGGUACAUCGCACAGCCCGAGGCGGCGGCGCUGGCGGCGGCGGCGGCGCCGUCCUCGCAGGGCGGGGCCGGCCUGGUCAUCCAGAAGAGCCUCCCGGCCGUGGCCACCACCACGCUCAACGGCAACUCGGUGUUCGGCGGCGUGGCGUCGCCGGCGUCGCAGCCGCUCACCGUCACCUCGGGCCUGGGCGGCUCCCUGGUGCCGGCGCCCAACGUCAUCAUCCACCGCACGCCCACGCCCAUCCAGCCCAAGCCCGCCGGGGUCCUCCAGCAGAAGCUCUACCAGAUCACGCCCAAGCCCUUCGCGCCCAACAACGCGCUGGCGCUGCCCGGCGAGGCCCAGGCCAAGCCCCAGCAGAACCUGACCUUCAUGGCCGGCAAGGCCGCGCCCAACGUGGUGCUCUCGGGCUUCCCCCCCAACGUCUUCAAGCCGCCGCCGCCGCAGCCGCCGGCGGCGCUGGGCAAGUCCAUGAGCGUGCACGUGCUCAACCAGGGCGGCAGCAUCGUCAUCCCGGCGCAGCACUUCCAGGGGCAGAACCAGUUCCUGCUGCCGGGCCAGCUGGCCGGCGCCUCGGCCGUGCAGCUGCCGCAGCCGCUCUCGGCGCUGCCGGCCAACGUGGGCGGCCAGAUCCUGGCGGCCUCGCACGGCGCCGGCAUCAUCGCCGGCCAGGGCGCCGGCGCCCAGCUCAUCGCCAACCAGGCGCUGCCGGCGCAGAUCUUGACCAACCAGAACUUGGCCGGGCAGCUCAACCUGGGCCAGGUGCUGACGUCGCCCAACGCCCACGGCACCGCCCACAUCCUGUCGGCGCCCAUCCAGCUCCAGCCGGGCCAGGUCGGCCAACCCGCGCUCUUCCAGAUGCCGGUGUCGCUGGCGGGGACGCUGCCCAGCCAGAGCCAGGCGGCGGCGGCGGCGCCCACGGUGAUCCAAGGGGUGACGUUGGCCAACCAGGUCAUGCUCAACGCCGGCGACGGUUUGGGAGCCGCCGUCAGCAUCCAGGCGGCCCCCGGCGCCGCCCCCGGCGCCAGUCCCAGCCCCGGCGCCGACCCGGGCUCCGUCCUCACCGUCCAGCCCGCGGCUCCCGCGGCGGCGCCGCUGCAGCUCAACGUGCCGGCGGCGGCGAGCGGGACCUCCCAGCCCAGCCCGGGGCUCGCCGGCAGCCCCGAGAAGAUCCUGUUGGGCCCCGCGGCCGCGCCCGGCACCGUCCUGGGCCAGGAGUCCAUGCAGAUGUUCCUGCAGCAGGGGCAGAAAACCAGGAUCCAGGGGUGGAAAACCAGGAUCCAGGGGCGGAAAACCGGGAUCCAGGGGCUGAAAACCGGGAUCCAGGGGCUGAAAACCGGGAUCCAGCAGGGCAAAACCAGGGAUCCAGCGGAAAACUGGGAUCCGGGAGUGAAAAAACCGGGAAUCCAGCAGCGGAAAACCGGGAUUCAGGGGCGGGAAACCAGGAUCCUGCAGCAGAAAACUGGGAUCCAGCAGCGGAAAAGCGGGAUCUGGGACGGGAUUCCUCUGCUGCUUUUCCUGCUUUCCCUGCGCUCCCGGCACGGGCGGAUCCCGAAAUUCCUGGGUUUUCCCCCCCCCCCAAAUCCUUCGGGAUCGUCGCCAGGCCCGUUCCCAACUCCGGGAAUUCGGGAAAAGCCUCCCUGGGGGGGGG